GAUCAUAAUAUGUUUUUUUAUAAAAGACCAAUAUAUAUAAAGAAUAGUUGACAACAAUGUUUUUAUCUCUUUAAGUAAUGUGAGGUUGAUGUGAACUUAGAGUGGUGAUCAAGAUAGUGGGGUGUGAAGUUGAUAAGUUUUUUUUUUUUUUUUCCUGUUGGGUGGCUAUUUAAGGGUAGUUUGGGAAGAUAGUAAGGUUUUAUAAGAAAUUGUUUAAAUUUGAACUACAAGUUAGAAUGAACUUAAAAUAUGAGAUGAACAAAGAAAAGUGCGAGAUUUAAAUAGACAAACUCUCUUUGAAAUACAACUGGCAUGACUGGUUCUGCAAAACCGCAGCUUUUCAAACAUAUUAAAAACCUUGUAUAAAAUAGUCACCUACCUCUGUAUAAGGACUCACAAGUCAACGGGAGCUAAUUAAUUAUAAUGUUCUAGCCUCAAGGAGGUAGGUUUUUUUUUUUUUUUUUCUUUUCUAUAUAAGAUGCUAUGCCAAUAGCAUAGUACACUAAUUCACUCAUAAAAUCAUAGAGUUUCCAAUUUACCAAAACAUUAGAGCUCUUCCAUCUCACACAUACGAGUCAUCUUCAACAUGAAGGUAACCAUUUUAUUUUAAUUUGUUCUUAAACACAUAUGUAUAUGUACUAUUCCACAUUUUUUGCAAGUUUCGUGUUUUUUUUUAAUGCAAGUGAAAAGAACAAAUUAAUUAGUGUUUCCUAAAAGAGCUAAGAAACUAUGUGUUUUUUGUUUCUACAAUGCAGCAGAAGAUAUUGGUGAAGGUGCCAAUGCACUGUGACAAAUGCAGAACCAAGGCCUUGAAGAUUGCAGCAGCUGCACACGGUGUGAGCAAAGUGUCCAUUGAAGGAGCAGACAAAGAUCACAUUGAGGUGAUUGGAGAUGGGGUUGAUUCUGUUUGCUUGACCAGAUUGUUAAGGAAGAAGCUUCGCUCCGCCACCAUUGUCAAAGUUGAAGAAGUGAAGGAAGCUAAAGCUGAUACGAAAGAGGAAAAGCCAACUCCACCAGUUCAAUGCAUAUCAUCAGCCAGCUAUUGUGCUCCGCAGUGUCCUUCAAUGUAUUAUGGAGUGGUUUGUGAAUAUCCAGAACCAAACAACUGCUCUAUCAUGUAAUUGUCCUUGACAUUUUAAUUCAAAUUUGAAGACCAGUCAUGUAAUUUUUUACUUGGCAUUUAAAUUUAAAUUCGAAGAUCAUUAUCAAAACCAAGACUAGCUAGAUCACAAGUUCAGAAAACAAAGAUAUACAAUAUCGAUCCAUUUCUUUUUAUUUUUUAGAUUUUGUUCGUGCUUGUGCCUUCUUCACGAAUAAUUUUUUAUUAGGAUUUAAA